CGCUGUCUAACCUCAUUUAUAUUCUGCUCAUCGCAUAGAGAACGUCUACUCGCCCAUAAUGACCGCCCAACUUCAAUCUUCCGUCUCCCGCUUCCUCCCGGAUCCAAAGACCGUCGCGAUCGUGGGUUGCCCCUUCAGGGGUGGUCAGGCAAAGCUCGGUGUGGACAAAGGUCCCAUCCGCCUCGUCGAGGCCGGUCUGCCUCAGCAGCUCGCAGAGCUCGGUUGGGACGUCAAAUUCGACGGCCACCACCAGUUUGAAGAUAUCGGCACCGAGAACGACCCUCCCAUUGGCAAGCUCAAGAACCCUCGCUUUGUGUCACGCGUCUGCAAGGCCGUCGCGCAGGUCGUCGGCGACCAUGCGAAAAAGGGCCAGUUGCCUCUCACCCUCGGCGGCGAUCACUCUCUGGCCAUGGGCACUAUUUCCGGGACACUUGAGAAGUAUCCCGACGCAUGCGUCAUCUGGGUAGACGCACACGCCGACAUCAACACCGCCGAAACCACCGAUUCCGGCAACAUCCACGGCAUGCCGCUCUCCUUCCUGCUCGGCAUCGGCCCCAAGGUCGACGAGUUCGCGUGGGUGCAGCCGCUGCUCAAGCCGCACCGGCUCGUCUACAUCGGCCUGCGCGACGUCGACGCGGGCGAGCGCCGCAUCCUCAAGGAGCACGGCAUCAAGGCGUUCAGCAUGCACGAGGUCGACAAGUACGGCAUCGGGCGCGUCGUCGAGAUGGCGCUCGACCACGUCAACCCGGGCCGCACGCUGCCCGUCCACCUCAGCUUCGACGUCGACGCGCUCGACCCGACCGUCGCGCCGUCGACGGGCACGCCCGUGCGGGGCGGGCUGACGUUCCGGGAGGGGCAUUAUAUUUGCGAGGCGGUGUACGAGACGGGCUGCCUGGUCGCGCUGGACAUCAUGGAGGUCAACCCGUCGCUUGCGGACCAGGCGAGCGUGGAGCAGACGGUGGCGGUUGGGUGCUCGCUGGCAAGAUCUGCGCUUGGUGAGACUUUGCUGUGAGCGAUUUGUUAGAUGUGAAGAUCGCAUUGCGUAUUGCUACUAGACGUAGUAUACCUCUUGUAAUACGACGCUCUUGAUUCCAGUCCUCCGUGCGCCGUCUGCGAUCGAGAUUCUGAUGAGCGCAAAGCACCAUGUCGGCGUCGCGAAGCAGUGCCUAGGCGGCCAUGGUCGUCGAUUCAUUACAGCACUUCAAUUCGAUCCACGUGAUGCCGCAGACUCGCAAGCACGAUCUCAGGAAACUCUACAGUCUCCAAGCACUCCAGCCUCGCACCCGCGGAGGCCCUCGCAAGACAGCACCGCUCGACGCACCACAGCUCGUCCACCCCCGGCCGAGUCCACCAGUUCACCCGCAAGCUCCUCAGCGCCGGGCACACGAUCUCUCCCUCGGCCCCCUCGCCCCAAGAAUCCUCCUCCUCCUCCCCUUCCUCCUCCUCAAGCUCCUCUUCCUCUUCGCCACCCUCCUCUCCGAUCCCCUGGCCCUCCCCAGCCUCCCCAAGCGGCAGCUCCCGCGCCCGCGCGCC